CCGAAUUAUAUACAUACACCUAUACAUACACAACCCCCAUAUAUUCCCUCUGUAAAUAAUUUCUCUCUCUCUCUCUCUCUCUCUCUCUCUCUCCUCGCAACAGAGCCAUGAGUCUGUUCGGCCUCGGCAGGAACCAAAGAACGUUCCGCCCCAAAAAAAGUGCACCAUCGGGCAGUAAGGGGGCACAGCUGAGAAAGCAUAUCGAUGCCACUUUAGGUAGUGGAAACUUGAGAGAAGCUGUAAGGCUGCCACCUGGAGAAGAUAUAAACGAAUGGCUUGCUGUCAACACUGUAGAUUUCUUCAACCAGGUGAAUUUGCUUUACGGCACCCUCACAGAGUUCUGUACAUCCGAGACUUGCCCUACAAUGUCUGCUGGCCCUAAGUACGAGUACAGAUGGGCAGAUGGUGUGCAAAUCAAGAAACCUAUCGAAGUUUCAGCUCCUAAAUAUGUCGAGUAUCUAAUGGACUGGAUCGAGACACAAUUAGACGACGAGUCCAUAUUUCCUCAAAAAUUAGGUGCACCAUUUCCUUCAAACUUCAGGGAUGUCGUGAAGACUAUAUUCAAACGUUUGUUCCGUGUAUACGCGCAUAUAUAUCACUCUCAUUUUCAGAAGAUCGUGAGUCUCAAAGAGGAGGCUCAUUUAAAUACCUGCUUCAAGCACUUCAUACUUUUUACUUGUGAAUUUGUGCUGAUUGAUAAGAAAGAACUUGCUCCACUUCAAGAGCUCAUAGAAUCGAUUGUCCCUUAUUGAACUGACCGUAUUUCGAGUGUUUUGCUUACAACCUCGGUAACAAAUGAUCCUCUGCAGUGUAACAAGUUUGUGUUGUAUGUAUAUUAUUCUUUCAAGGACCAAAAUUGUGUGUUCUACAUCAUAGUAUUUAUUGCUUGAUAUAUUUGUUAAAAGAAUAUUGUUUAAGAUAAUGUUUGCCUAUUUAUUACCAGUUCUAAUUUGCACAGCAUAAGACGUUUUGUGUUCAUUGGAUUCCAUCUUGUAUUAUUUAAAUCUGUUAUAUUCUGAUAU